CUUUUUACAGGGACAACAUGGACCAUAACUCCCACUAAACAAACCAACAAAACCAAAGUAUAGAUAGAAAACACACUGUAAAAACAAACAACCAAAGGGAUUUGAUAUCUCAAAGCUUCAACACAAAGAAAGCUAUGGCCUUUGCAUUGGGGAGUUCUUUGAACUCUCCAAUCUUUUACUCUCUGUAUCCUGUUAUUGCUCCACCCUUUUGCUCCAACUCCAAGUUGUUGAGUUUUUCUAGGAGAAAGGGGAGGAAUUUGAGGGUUGUUUCUUGUUUACAGGUUGGAGAGCAGAGUGAGUGUGAUUUGUUCAAGAAAAGGGCUAUUCUUUUCAUGGGUAUUUCGAUUCUUCCACUUUUGAAGCUUAGGGGUGAUGCUGAUGCUGCAGAAGAUUCUAUUACAUUGACGCCGGAGCAGAAACAAAAUGUCAAGAAAAAUAAUCAAGGAGAUGCAUCACCAAAUCCCUUUAUGUUCCUUCUAAAUGGGAUAGGUAUAUUUGGUUCCAGUGUGUUCGGGGUGCUCUUUGCAUUGGCCCAGAAGGAAAAGGAUAGUAAUGAAGCAACAAUGGAAUCUAUAAAAAGUGAAUUGGAUGAAAAGGAAGCUGCCAUGAUUUCUCUACGGCAGAAGUUUGAGUCACAGUUGCGAGAUGAAAGGGAGGAACGAAACAAGCAAGUUAAAAUGGCAAAUGAAGAGAAGCAGUCUUUGAUUAGUCAGCUGCAAUCAGCAAAUAGUACAAUAACAGGCCUUGGACAAGAGCUCACAAAAGAGAAAAGAGCUGCUGAAGGUUUCAGAGUUCAGAUAGAUAGUCUAACAACCGACCUUAUGGAGGCUGAGCAAGAUAAAAAGGAACUAGAAAAUGAGGUGAAGAAAAAGCUCAACUUUGUUGAACUCUUGCAAGAAAAAAUAAACUUGCUAACAGUGGAGAUAAAUGAUAAAGAAGCUGAUAUUCGCGAUCUCAGCUUUAGGCUUGAUGCUAAAGAAUCAGAGUUCAAUAAGCUGACUUCUGUAUAUGAGAAUACCAAGAAUGAGGUAGUUGGUCUAUAUUCACAGAUAAGAGCAUUAAAAGAUGACCUCACUAAACUUGAAAAAGAAUUGGAACUCAAAUUUGCUACAAUCGAUGAUUUGAAUGCGGAAGUAAGCUCCUUGAUUGCUGAGAGAGAUGAAGCCAACAGAAAACUUGGCGUCAUUGCAAAGGAAUAUGAUGACCUGAAGUCCUCUGCCGAAAAAAAAGCAAUAUCUGAUGCCCAGCUCUUGGAAGAUAGAAUGAACGAACUUUGCCAGCUAAAAGAACAGCUCGUGCUUGCGUUGGAUGAAGUGAGCAAAAAGAAAGUUCUAGUUACUGAUUUAUCUCAUGAAAGAGAUGAUCUCAAAAGAGAUCUUGAUAAAGAACUGAGAGCAAAAAAUAAUCUAGAGCAGGAGCUUAUAAUUGCACAUGAAGCUCUGGAGAAAUCACGGAAUGAGGCUUUUGAUCAGGCACAACAACUGGAGCAAUCAAGAAAUCUAUGCUCACAGCUCAAUGUUGAGAUAUCUAACGUGCGGACCGAAUCUACUGAAGCUAUAGAGUUGUUACAGAGGAAUUUAACAGAGGCAAAGCAAAGUGAAGAAGCAUUAGCAGCUGAACUGACAUCAAAGAACGAGAUUCUGAAGCAAGCAAAAGAACAAAUCGAAACCAUGUCAAAUGAACUGACAAUUGCAGUACAAAAUUGUGAGAGCCUCCAGAAAGAAUUGGGCGAUGUCUAUAGGAAAGCUGAAAGUUCUGUGAGGGAUUUGGAAGAGGAGAAGGAGGUUGUCUCUUCUCUAAACAAAGAGUUGAGAGCUCUGGAGUCUCAAAUACUGAAAGAUAAGGAGGCGCGUGUAUCACUUGAAACCGAUCUGGAAGAAGCUACCAGAUCACUAGAUGAGAUGAAUAGAAAUGCAUUGACACUAUCAAAAGAUCUAGAGCUUGUUAAUUCCAAAAUUUCCAGCCUUGAGGAUGAGAAAGAUGUAUACCACAGGGCUCUUACCGAGCAAAAGCAAAUUUCUCAGGAAGCGAAAGAAAACAUGGAAGAUGCUCAUAAACUUGUGAUGAAACUUGGAAACGAGAGGGAGAAAUUUGAGAAGAAAUCACAGAAACUAGAAGAAGCAGCAGCAUCUGCCAAAGGCGAAAUAUUAAGAUUGCGGAGUCAAAUAAGUGCAUUGGAAGCUUCCAUUAACAAAGUCGACAAUCUGAAAGUUGUCAAGGAAGAGAAGAAAGUAAAGAAAAGUAGCAAUGUAGAUAGCCUAAAAGGGAAUGACAUCGAAAAGGAGAAAGCGGUCAAGGAAGAGAAGAAAGUAAAGCGAGUUAGCAGUGUAGAUGGCCAGAAGGGUAGUGAAGAAGGGACCAAAACGCCUGUGAAGAGAACCAGGAGGAGAAAAGUGGUUUCUAAGAAAGAAAGUUCAUAGUACAGUUUGCAUGUUGAAGGCCUUGUUUCAAGGUUUAGUUUUUCCCUAGGAUCUAAAUCUUGAGGUACAAAUAUCUCUAAAUCUUGAGGUACAAAUAUCUGCUUAGAUUGUUCUGUUUUUAUAGAACUUCUCUGAAAAUUGUAACUUGUUAUCUAUACCUUGUAUAUUUGACAUCUAAUUCCAAGUGUAAUUCAAAUAAUGGCUCAAGAA